AUGGCCCGACCAUGUCGAUGCGCUCCGCGGCUCUUCUUCUAUUUGCUUCUGCCGGUCGCCGUGGUUUUGCUCUGGACUUCUUGGGUCCUGUGGACGGCAGACCACGGAACGCCCAGCGCCACCGCGAGCGCCGCCGACGGUCCCGCGCCGCGCGGUGUUCCACCCGCGCGGUGGGGCGGGGCGUCACGGCGGUCCGUGGCGUUCUGGGUGACAGCGAUGGAACGCGGAGAGAUUGACUUGGUGUUGAAUCUGGGGCUGGAGUUGCAGAGCUUGGGCUACGAGGUCCACGUGGAGAGCGCCGAGGACUUCCCCGAGCUGGACGCACUGAAGGAGUUCUUGCCGUGUCGCCUCAACGGCCAGUUGAAGACGCUCCUGGACGACGGACGCUCCGGCGACGGUCCGAGCCUCUUUCCGAGCCUUGGGACCGAGGGCUCGAGCCGCUGGAUCCUUUGCUUUUCGAGCCGCUGGAGCCGUUUCUUCGCGACGCCGAGCUUUCGCUCGUCCGGUGUGCGAUGGAUGUGGUACGUCUACCAGGCGCCCGCGGUGCGGUGCGUCCAGGACAGGGGGCAGAAGCAAGACAUGGGAGCGGCCAUGGCCAACGCCGACAAGGUGCUUUUUCUGCGCGAGGCGGACCGAGAGGUUUGGUCGCGUCGGGCCCCGGUCGCCCCGCGCGGACGCGGAGCGACCGGUCGUGUCACCACCUUCCGAGCGUUCCUGCGCAGUGUGGAUUUGCCUAGAUCAAGCCGCGAGGACGUGCGCCAGCAGAUGGGCCUGAAGCAGGACUUCGUGAGCCUCACUUGCGCAAAGCGGCAGACUUUUGGGGCCCACGACAACGAAGGCAUCCCGAACAAACCAAUGAUGACCAUCAUGGCAGCGGAGUCUUGCUCAACACAGCUGGAUGUCGAUACGGCUGGGCGCUUGGCAGCCAUUUUGCAGGAGAAGUUUGCGUCGUCCUGGCUGGUGGCCAUUUUUGGAGCUAACCCAGACCAGCAUGGCACCAAGAUACAUGAGAACAUUCUACUCUUGACAGACUACGCGGAACUGCUGAAGUACUUGUCGGCUGCCGACGUGCAUGUCUCCUUCGCCGCUUGGGCCCAGCGCGACGUGCUCCUCGCCAAGGCGCUUGACGUCCCGGUCUUCUCCGACGCCCGCGACGACCUGGCCGCGGCCGCGCCUUCGGUGGAUUUCUUCGCCUUGGACGACACCACCUGGCCCUCGCUGCUGAGCGCCUUGGCCGAGCACGACCCGGCGCUCUCCCACCGCGCAGCCGUGGGCCGCGCGGGCGGGCAGCUGGCGCGCAGCCGUGGCUUCUUUGGGGAGCUGGUGCGAACCAGGGUCCAGCAGCUCGUGGACUUCCUGGAGGAGAGCGAUCCCGAUCCCGAUCGGGAAGAGUCUGGACGCCUUCGCGUGGGCGUCUUGGCGCAGCUGCACGAUCCAAGUCGCUGGGAUCAGUUGUGGCCAUGCAUCCGCGCGGUGUUGGAAGCAGCUGGGAAGAAGACAGUCAAUGUGCUCCUGACCACAACACAGCCACUGGAAGCAUUGAAGGAACCGCUGGCCCAAGUGAGAGCGAACACCUCGGGCGCAGCUGCCUUUGCAUCUCUUCGUUGGAGCGUCCUUUCGCGGGCAGAGAACCGCGGCGCGGACAUCGGAAUCUUUUUACAGCAACUGCUUUUAGCUCGUGAGCUCUCCUUGGAGAGUGAUGUGAUCUUCAAACUGCACACGAAGAAGAGAAAAGCCUGGCGGGAUCUCAUGAUCGAACCUCUGUGCGGAAGCGUCCAGGUGGUUCAAUCGAUCCUCCAGCAGUUCGAGAGCGACCGGAUGCUGGGGAUGAUGGGGCCCACGAAUUUGACCUGGAGAAAGGAGGGGCCAACGGAGCACGUCGCCUUCGACUUAGCGAAGUUUGGCUUUGACCCAGAUGCUCUCAGAGAAAUGAACUUUGUGUGGUCCUUGCUGAAGCCCCCCGGCCAAGCGGGGAAUGAGCUGCCCCCAGCAGCUGCUUGGACGAUCAUCGCCGGAUCCUUCUAUUGGAUCAGGGCUGGUUUGACAUGGGAGGAGCAGAUCCUUCCAAUGAUCCCAAGGCUCUUGGACACCAUGGGUCCAUACCACACGGGCUGCCAUGCGAGUGGAUGUUCCGCCGCCCUGGGCUUGGAGCGCCUGAUUCCCACCCUCGUGGCCCUGGAGCGCCGCGUCGCCGCCGCGCCGGCGGUGCCGGCGGUGUGGGCGUCGUUGGCCUCGCCGCCCGCGGCCGCGCGGCGGUCGAAGAGGAAAGGCAAGGCGCCGGCGAAAGGAAGAAAAAGAGAGGACUGGCAGCGGAGGUCGCGGGCGAAAGGUGUCAGGAUGUCUUCCCUAAGAAAUGAAAGGAGAAGAUGA